AUGUCUUUCCAGAAGCCCGAGAAGGAUUUCGGCGAGGGCCCUAAGGUCCACAAGAUCCGCAUCACCCUCACCUCCCGCAAGGUUGCCUCCCUCGAGAAGGUCUGCCAGGAGCUGAUCGACCGUGCUCGCUCCAAGUCCCUCCAGGUCAAGGGCCCCGUCCGUCUGCCCACCAAGACCCUCCAGAUCUCCACCCGUAAGACCCCCAACGGUGAGGGUUCCAAGACCUGGGACAAGUUCGAGAUGCGCAUCCACAAGCGUCUCAUCGAUCUCCUCGCCCCCACCGAGACCGUCAAGCAGAUCAUCAUCAACAUCGAGGCCGGUGUUGAGGUUGAGGUCACCAUUGCCGCAUAA